GCGCGCUGGGCGGGCGGUGUGUGCGGGCGUGGGGCGGGGGCCAUGGCGGGGGAGGAGGCCGCGGCCGCCGCCGCCACCAGCACCGAGGGGAGAGAAGCCGGUAACGGCGGUGGCUACGACAGCAAGUGUGUGUUCUGCAGGAUCGCCCGCCGGGAGGAGACGGGCACGGCGCUGCUGCCCUGCCAGUAUGACGACCUUGUUUGCUUCAGAGAUAUCAGACCCGGUGCCCCCCACCACUACCUGGUGGUGCCGGUGGAGCACAUGGGGAACUGCAAAACGCUCAAGGCAGAACAUGUACCUGUAGUGCAGAGAAUGGUGGAAGUUGGAAAAGCUGUUCUUCAGAGAAAUAAUUUUAAUGACUUGAAUGAUGUAAGAAUGGGUUUUCACUGGCCUCCGUUCUGCUCGAUAUCCCAUUUGCAUCUUCAUGUCCUGGCCCCAGCCAGUCAGCUAGGAUUCUUAUCCAGGCUCGUCUACAGAAUCAAUUCGUACUGGUUUAUCACGGCUGAUCAACUGAUUGAGCGACUGCAAACUGAAAAUGCUGCCAGCUGAAAGCGCUCUUAGCCUUGUGUUGUUAGCCAGUUUGUUCCUUGUCUUUGAACUCUGAUUUAAGGUUGCACAGUUUGGUGUUACCAAUAAUAUAACAGGAUAAAAAAAGCUUUAGUUCCUUAUGAGGAAAUACACACAAUUUGUAGCUGCCAACCUAAUUCUCCUGUUUGGAUACUUGAGUCUAUAUACUUCUCUGACAAUAAGGUGAUGUAUUUUAUUAUUGUGUGUAUAUAUAUACUUAUAUAAAAUACAUAAUACAUACAUACACAUAUGCACACGUUCAGAGAACUUUUCCUGUAAAGGGCAGGGUAUAGCAGCAGAAUGUAUUCCAACUAAGGCAACAAGUUACUACUAACAGCAUGUACGUGGUACCAAAGGGAUUAUUUGUUGCUGAAUCAAGCUUCUAUUUUAAAGAUGCGUUGUUCUGGAAUUGCAAAUAACAUUUAAAACAUUGAGGUUUCCAUCUGUAUUUGUAUGAUAUGUUACUCAUGCCUAGUUAUUAGUAGGUACGCUGCUGAAAGUACACUACUGACUUUCUGGUGCUAAACCACUUUAAUAUGAUUACCUGUCUUAUUUGCAUGACAGCGACAAUGUAAAUGUUAAUACAGUAGGUGCCCAAGAUGUGAUAAAGAUAUAUAACAUAGAAUAUAGUUUAAAUGUAUGUGUAAGUGGUUGUAUGUUGGACUUAGAUUUUUUUCUUUCUUAUGUGCACAAUAUUUUAAAUUAGUUAUUGUAUGUUUACAAAAAAUGUGAAGAGUUCAGAUGUAUUGAUUUAAUGUACCGCUCUUCUGCAUGAUGGUAGAAAAAAAAUCCAAUUUUUUAGAUGGUUCUGAUACUGUUCUUACUGGAAGUCCCUUGUGGAUUACUAAUGCCCUGGCUAAAUUUGAUUUCUAAAUGAAGUCAUAAGAGAAGCGAGUCUUUAGUUCAGUGAGUGUGUGGCAGGUUCCUUAAGGAACCGGCUGAACAUCUGCGUUUGCUGUAUGACUCUGAUCAGUAAUACUAGUGUUCUGUUUCUCAGUACCAUAUUAAGGUGAACUGUUCGGAAAGUUAAAACUGCAGAAAAUGCAGAGUGGAUUUUCUUCAUUCACAUUCUUGGUGCCUAACUGAUCAAGUGUCCUUGGCUGAUGCAUUUAGAUACAGCUGAGGUGAUGAUCUGUUCCAUCUGCAAGCUUCCCUGAACGUAAUCUUCUCAGUGUUUUCCACUGAUCCAGCACCUCUUGCCUUAGUGGUACAAUGAAUUGUAAUAUUCUUACAGUAAACUGUAAUAACUUCAGAAAGUUCACACCCUUCUGAAGAGUGUUUUCUACCCAGGAAAGUUUGUAUCUCUUCUCUAAGACCUUGCUUGAAAUGCCUUGUUAUUCUUAUUAGUGGGGCGCUUAUGUGUCAUUUGCAGUCCUUUGGGGUUUUAAUUUCUAACAAUAAGUAGGAAGAGUGUAAACUAAAGCCACUGAACUUUGACUGCUUCUGUGCAAUAGAUUAGGAGGUUUAAGGUGACUCCUGGCUUUGUGAAAUCUCUGAACAUUAAGAUCUCUAAAGAGUUAAUACUCUGUGUGUUCUGAUUUGUAAUUAAUUUAUGUAACUGUACUUAACUGUGACAUGUAAUAUUUAAAGUACUAACAUGAACUGCUGUCAAAAGGAUUAAUAAACAACAAAUGCUAAUGUUGGAA